AUGUCUGUUGAAAUUAACUCCUCGGUGGUGCUGAAGCUCGUCAGGGUGUCUGAGGAUGCCUUUCCUCACUCCAUCAGCGGUCCCGUGUACGGGUUCGAGAACUCUGUGUCUCACGUCUAUGCAUUCCCAGGAAACCAUUCGGAAGACGCCACGGUGCGUCCAAACAACGUCAAAUUCCAAUCUGAGGUCUUGGACUUGCUCAAGCAGGCCCAUAUUGGUGCUACUGCGAAAGGUUGGUUUAUUUCCGCUGUUGGCGGCAAGUUUUUGAGUCAAUCUCUGCUUGAGUCGAUGUUGAGUCAACGCGCGGCUAAGCAGGAGAGUGGUGAUGAUUCGCCAGUGCUGUUGUUGGUGCAUGAUCCUUCCAAGCAGCAACAGGGAAUACUCAGUCUCGGUGCCUUCACGCUUUCGGAGAACUUUUUGAACGUGGCCACAUCCAAAGAAAAAUACACAACUAAGAACCUGAACGCCAACGAUUUGUCCUACAAGAACAUCCUCCAGGAAAUCCCAAUCAAGGUGCACAACCCUCACUUGAUAAACCUGACCAUCCAGGAGCUUACCAUAGAAGAUGACCAUAACAUCUUGAACCUUUCCAACAGCGCAACAGCUGCCUACACCACCAUAGAUCAACUGUUCGAGACAGUUGACAAUUUCAACUACAACCAGGGAAACUUUCACUACUACCAGAGAUCUUUGUCCCGUGAACUCCCCAAAAUUUCACAAUGGAAGCAGAAGGCCAAGCUGGAGAAUUUGAACAAGCUCAAGGCCAACCCAGAACUCACGGAGAAGGACUUGGUCUCGCUGGACGACUGGAGCAAGCACAUCAAACUGCCUACUGAGCCAUCGCGUUUUGAAAACUUGGUGCUAAGUGGUUUGCUGAACAAUUACUGUAAUGAUUUGGAAUCCAGUGGAGUUUCGGAGCUGUUGAAGACGUUUAGCACGCAGAAGGGCUUGGAUAUAUAG